AUUUGAAAUAUGUGCUGCUAAUAUUUUUGAUACUAUUUUUAAAUUAAUGUAAAUAGAUUUCAACAACUUGAGAAUCCAAAAGUGUUCACACAGUGCGGUAGACUUGCACCCUUGCAUCUAGCAAUCUGGGGCGAUUCGAAAAAUCAAUAUCGCAGCAUCCUCGAUUGCAGAGAUGUGAUGAAACGACGCAACAAAUUUAAAUAAAUAUUAAAAUGUGAUGAAAACGCUUUAAACCAUGUUGAUCGGGUGGAUUUAUUCUUAUUUGUGGUACAGUAGCAUUUUAGCUGGUUAUGCCGUUUUGUUUUGCCCCUUACUCCCGCUCAUGUUUAUUUCAAACAAACUCUACAGAUAUGUCACUGACGUUCUAUUCAAUUUUUGGCAAUUUUACCCCACCGCUCUUCUCGAAAUUUUAUGCGGAUGUAAUAUACAAGUUACCGGGGAUCCUAUAGUGGCUGGAGAAACUUCCUUAAUCAUUAUGAACCAUCGCACCAGGACGGAUUGGAAUUUUUUGUGGCCCACUGUGUACCAUGCGGUACAAGGCCCCGGUAGAUUAAUGCACUCCACCAAAUUUGUUCUGAAGGAAGUCAUCAGGCACAUUCCAGGACCAGGUUGGGUUAUGCAGCUGGCCUGCUUCGCUUACAUUAGAAGAUAUUGGACUGAAGACAUGAGAACCCUCCAGAAAUAUUUAGAUUACGUAUCCGAUUUAAAUUACAAGUUCAGUUUGAUUCUUUUUCCCGAAGGUACCGACUUUACUGAAUCCACCAAAAGCAGCAGCGAUAGGUUUGCCGAAAAAAACAAUCUCCCAAAAUAUGAUUACCUAUUACACCCAAGAACAACAGGAUUUGCCUACAUAACCUCAGAAAUGUUGCUAAGAAAAACAUUGGAUGCGGUGUAUGACGCAACCAUUAUUUACCCCGAUAUUGUACCUCAAAACGAGAAAAUGCUUUUUAAUGGCCACUUUCCCAAACAGGUCUUUGUUCAUUUUGUGAGGUAUUCAAGCUCAAUGCUGCCAAUGGAGGAAAAAUACCUGAAACAGUUCUUAGAAAAGCGCUGGCAAGACAAGGAAAAAACUCUCAAGGAGUUUCACAUGACCGGACAAUUUUUGCACGGUAAACUCCAAAAAAAUCCCAACACUUGGGAGUUAUGGUUUGCCCUCACAUUUUGGUCCCUGCUUCCAUACGUGGCCCUCUACUUUUUUUUCACCGUCAACCAUUUUAGAAACAUAGUUAUUUACCAUUCUAUUUUGCUACUUUUGAUAAAUUUUUUGGCGGAUGGAUUUCAAAUGUUCGAAAUCGCUUUGUACAAUAUGAAAAAGUGUUUUUAUAGGAAAGGAAAUAAGGAGCAUUUUUAAAGUUGUGUAUGUUGUUGGAUAAUUUCCAAGUCAUUUUAAAGAGGUAUUAGAUUUAAAAAAUCCAAAAAUUAAGCUAAAAUAUAUGGG